UUCCGCCCGGACAGUGUGCGCAUGCGCACUUCCGCGCGGGAGAAGUCCGCGGAACAGGGCGCCACCAUGUUGACCGGGAGGCCGGGCUGGGUGCCCUUGACGUUCCUGCCCGAUGAGGCCCGGAAUCUGCCGCCGCCCAAGCUCAACGACCCGCGGCUCCUCUACAUGGGCUUCAUGGGCUACUGCUCGGGGCUGAUGGACAACGCCAUCCGCCGGCGGCCCGUGCUGAAGGCGGGUCUACACCGCCAGCUCCUGUAUGUCACUUCCUUCAUGUUUAUUGGUUAUUAUCUUUUGAAACGGCAAGACUAUCUGUAUGCUGUGAGGGACCAUGACAUGUUCGCCUAUAUAGAUGCCCAUCCAGAGGAUUUCCCUAAAAAGGAUAAGAAAACGUAUGGAGAAAUCUAUGAAGAGUUCUACCCAGUACGUUGAAGACCCUGAAAUGCUUGCUCUGGUUUCUUGGAGAGUUUGUUUCCAAAUCUUCUGGAACACAUGCCUGUGACAUCUGAAGUCUGUGCGAAUUUGUAUAUUGACACACCGAAAUUAAAGUGGUAACCAUGA